AUGUAAUAAGUUUGCAAUAACUUUCUUGCAGAUCCCACCGAUACCAGUUUUGGAUUCUAAAUAAAAUGCAAAAAUUGCUAAUUUACAAGAAAACAGCACAUUCAAAAUACAAAUGCUAAGCCUAUUCCAUAAACUACAAGUGACAAUACUACAUCAGCAAAUACUAAAUAACUUGUAAAUGUAGUUGAGAAUGCUUUUUAAAAUCCUAAAAACUAGGUGGGUAUGUAUGGAUCUUUGCAUUAAAAAAAAGAUAUUGCAACUACAAAAACUAAUGAAUAAGGUGACUUCAAGAAAACUACAAGUUUAAAUUAAUAAUAAAGUUAAAAAGAUGAAUCAGAUCCACAACUUAAUAAUUCAAUAAAAAUGGAAAGAUAAAAUUUAUAGAUCUAUAAUUCAGAUAAAGCCUCAACAAAUUCAAAUCCAUAGGACUAGGAAAAAAUAAAUAAUGCUAAUGAAUCAAAUAAAGACUAGAAUUCAAAUGUAUAAGCAUUAAAUCCUUCUGUUUAAGAAGAUUCAAAUUCUUCUUAGAAGUAGGAAUAAAUAUAGAAUUAAAAUGAAACCAAACCAAGUGAACCCUAAGAAUAAAAGCCAAAUAAACUACAAUCAAAUCCUUUCAUUUAAUAAAAUUAAAAUUCUCCUCAAAAAUUGGAAUCAAAAUCUAAUAUUUCCCAACCAUUUUAAAUUAAACCUUAAGUAUAAUUAAUUAAGGAUUAAAAAGAAUAAUAAUAAACAAUAAAUUAAUCAUAAAACUAGUCGUAAGGUUAAGAUGAAUAGAUUACAAAUCCCUAACCCUAAAAUGAAUAGAUUGUUAAGCCAUAAACUUAGAAUGAAUAACCUGUUAAGCCCAAAACUGAAAAUGAAUAACCCAUAAAACCCUAAACUUAAAAUGAAUAGAAACCUUAAGGUAAUUUACAAAUUCCUUAGGCCAAUUAAAAUACGAAUUAACCUCAAUCUGUAAAAGAGAGAGCAAAAGGUAUGUAAGUCUUUGGAUUCGGAGCUCCUCCUCCAAUGAAGAUCGCUUAAAAAUCAGAUUAAGAGAAGCCAUUUGAAUAAUAUAUUAUAGACCGACCAAUUCUACAAAAUAAGAAACACAUAAGAACUUAAUAGGAUUUUCAGGCUAUUCAAAAAUGA